AUGUCCGAUCCCACCGAUAUCCCAAUACCAGAAGAGGUGUACAAUCUCUAUCUGCGAACUUUGAAAGAUGGAGAUCCCAUCCACCCCCAUAUGGCUCGAAGAGAGGUUCACUUCCCGUCGUUGAUCGAAGACUGGACGACAUUCUGGAACCCGUUUCUAAGGGACAAGACACUCGCUGAAAUAUCUUCAACCGAUGAGUUUAGAGCGCUCAACAAUUUCAUGCUCACACUCUUGACAGCGAUAGAGGAUAUCGACAAGGAUAAACAUGACGCUUCUGCAUCCGACGCUUCUUCCGUUGGAUCAACUUCACCCCCCGCCAAUUCGCAACACCAUCAUCCUUCUCCGCCAUCAAGAGACGGACUGAUGGGCUGCAAAUCAAAAGAAUUGGAUUUCAAGAAUUUCGCACAUGAACACACCGAAUCAGAAGAAACACCAACCGCUACCAUAAGACAACAACAAAAAGCUCUUGACCUGUUAGCGGCAAAGGUAAAUAGUCAAGAUGAGACCAUUCGUCAACUCAAGGAAAGGCUGAGUCGACUAGAAGCUGGAUCGAAGCCCGCUUCAUUCACUUGUCAACCUGCUUCCACCGAGUCCUCCAAAAUCAACAGCGAUCCUUCGACCGAGGUAAUGACUGAUCAAGCCAAACAUGCUCCUAAGAUCUUACCUUUCCAUUUGAAUACUUCUGAUCACCCAAUAUCCAGUCCAAACGAUGUCAAUGAUCAAGGUAACUUGCCGACUGAGACCAAAACUUCGCCUGGCUCUUCUUUCUCUGACGAAGGUUACGAUGUCGUAGCAGUAUCACCUAAGUCACCUUCCGGCAAUAGAACAACAAUCGUAGAAGAACCCAAGGCUGUCGAAGGUAUCCAGCCCGGAGCACCAGAUCCCCUCUCACCUGAAACUACAACAGGAAAUGAUCCUGUCGAGUCUAAAUGUUCAAAUCGUGACAAUACCGAAGUCCCACCUGAAACCUCUUCUCUCGAUACUUCACCUUUACCUCCAACCCAAACGGUAGUUCCAUCUAACGAUGGUCCAGCGUCGAACUUCACACGAGAGCUCGCCAAGCAGCUUCUACUUCUCAAAGUCAGGAUUGUCAAACUGGAAGAGGACCACAACGCUUCGCAACUUGAAAAUCAAUCACUCAAGACCGAGAUAGAAAAUGUCAGGAAUUCUCAACCGUUAACUCGUAAGGAUAGAAAAGGAUUAAAACACCUUCAAGAUGAAAUGAACAAACUUCGUAUCAUCCAAAAUAACGAUAUCAAGAAUAACCUUUUCUUCAAAGAUCUGUUGGAGAAAAUCAAUGAGAGGAUCGAGGAUAUGGAGCAUAUGGAGCCUGGUAAGAUGGCGAGUCUCUUGAAUAACUUGAAUUACCUCAAGGGGAGAUUAGAGGUGUUGGAAGAUAAGUUGAAACUUCAGGAAAGGAGGGUCGAGUAUCACGCGGAUGAUAAGAUCAGGAUUAGGGAAGUUUAG